AGACCAUCAUGUCCAGCUCCUCUGACACCCUACGGUUUUGUUUCCCCACCCACGGUGACUCCAUCCUCAGCAAAAUCAACGCUCUAAGGGAGCAGCAGCGCUUCUGUGAUAUAACACUCGUCCUCGGGGGUCCACGAGGCACCACUGUUCAGCCUCCCCACUUCUGCGGUCACAGAGCGGUGCUUGCAGCGUCCUCAGACUUCUUACGUGACCAAUUCCUGCUCCACGAAGGCCGGGCCGAGCUGAGUGUGGGUGUAUUUUCCAGUGUGGAGGUUGGCAAGAGACUUCUCCAGUCAUGCUACACCGGGCUCUUAGAGGUCCCUCUGAGAGAACUGGUGAGCUACUUGACUGCCGCCAGUGCGCUCCAGAUGAGUCAGGUGGUGGAGAGGUGUGCCCAGGCCGUCUCGCAGUACCUCAGUCCCACACUGGCUUUCUUGAAACCAGAGAUACGCCCAGCAGAGGAGAAGGACACCCGGCAGCUAGAUAGUGACCGGCGAGAUACCAGCUUCAGAAAUCAGGAGGAAAGGGAUUCAGCUCAGCCCACCGCCAGCAGCCAGGAAUCACGUACGGAGGAAGGAGGUGAGGUUGUGAUUCAGUCCAAGUCGAGGUUCAGUCAAGUAGCCAAGAUGGAUGAAUUGGUUGACAGUUCUGAGAACCAGGAGGAAGAAGCGGAGGGUGAGCAAAGCAAAGAGGAAGAAUUGUUUUCGCUGGAAGCUGAACUGCAAGAAUGUGGCGAGUUGAUAGACUCCCGUCUGCUCUGCCUCUCUGAAGCACAUCUGCCAAAGAGUCAUUGCUCUGGUGAUGAGCUCACAGAGGGCUCCGACAGCGUGUUGAUCCAGAGGCCGUACCUGUGCAGGAGAUGUGACAGAGUCUUCCAACAUCUGGAGAGCUAUGCGGGCCACCUGAAGCAGCACAGACAGUACCUGUGUUUGGUCUGCGGGAAAGGCUUUUCCCAGAGGAGUAACCUGGCCCGCCACACGCGCGUCCACACUCGGGUCAAGCCUUUUCGAUGCCCGCUGUGCCACAAGACAUUUUCCCAUAAGGCCACGCUGCAAGACCACCUCAAUUUGCACACGGGGGAUAAGCCCCAUAAGUGUAAAUACUGUGCUGUGCUCUUCCAACAUAAGCCAGGCCUCAGGCGCCACCUGAAGGACAUUCAUGGUAAGAGUAGCCUGCAAAACAUGCUUGAGGAGGCUGUGCACUCAUACUGUCAUUAAUGUGGGGUUCUUUAUCGUUGAUAGAUCGGUAUCACUUUGGGAACAUGUAUAAUAAGGUUUAUCAGGAAGCACUUGACCCUAACUUGCAGGGUAAUCAUUUAGAAAAUGAUUUAGAAAAAUUUCAAGUACAGGUGAUCAUUUGCACUGUGACAUCUGGCUAAUGUAAAGAAGUAAAGGUUCUUCUGUGCCUUCUGCAGCA